AUGGCCGGUGACAAGUCCGUUUCCAACGAUGAGAAGAAGGUCUCUCGCCAGAAGGCCUGUGAUGAGUGCAAGGCCAAGAAGAAACGUUGCACGCACUACCUGGGUGCUGAGGUCGCUGCCCCCGCUGCGUUCAAGUCCGCACCCGCUCUCAACGCCGGGCGUCGCACCGCUGCUGCUGGCAUUGACGCUACUUGCAGUGCUGCCGACAACGCGGCCACGAUCGCUACCAACAAUCAGCGUCGCAUCAACCUGGAUGUUGAGGUUGGUGCUAUCCUGACGGCCAUCGAGGCCGGUGAGUAUGAUCGCCAGGAGGGAAACUUGUCUGAGGCUUCCACUCUGUCCGAGGAGCCCGAGGAUAUCCCCUGGGAUUCCACCGAGAGCCGCAAGCGUGGCCAUUCUACCCUGUCUGAGGAGCCUGAGGGCAUCGCCACGGGCCUCACCCUCGCCUUGAAGCGCAAGCGUGGUCGUCCCUGCAAGCCCAUCGUCGCUCCCAAGCCUCGUGCUCUUCCCGAUGUCCCCGAGGAUGCUCUCGAGGCGGCCAGCGCCAUGGCCGUUCACAAGGUCUUUGCCAAGGAGCUUCAGGACAAGCUGGGCGAGUUCGACAUGCAGGUUCAGGCUAGUAUGCAGGCUCACAAGUCCACCCUGAACGCCGCCAACUCGGUUCGCUGCACAGUCGACAACUGGCUGGAGGCCUGGGUCAAAGGUCUUGCCAAGUGA